AUGGCACUGAGGAGGUGGCGGCUUUUGCAGCCGAGGAUCGUGGCUAGGGCAUCCCCGGCAGCUGCUCAAGGUGCUGAGAUUUGGAUUUGAGUGUUAAUAUAGAAUUCAGGUGGAACCUGGGGAAGGAGCCCAUUUAAGUGAACGGGAGCCUUUUCUAGUCUGGUCAUACAUAUAUUUUCUGGGAAGCUGACUUCGGUUAAAUUUCUUUCAAUCGUAUAUUUACUAGGUUUGUGUUCGAGGAUCCGAUCCUAAGCAUAUCUUCUCAGGAGUAAAUCUCACUGAGAGUCUGCUGACUUUUAGAACACCUGGGGUGUUCCGGGGAAAACUCAAGCACGUCUUACUCUGAGGAUCGAUGCCCAACUUCCCGUUAGUAGAAACUUAAUAUGUACUUGUUGUAGUAUUUGUUCCUUAACAAAGCUUCAUGGCUUUCCCUCUCCCCCUUUUCUUUCAAAGGAGGAGCUACUGUGCAGUAAGCUUCUACCUGGUUUUACAAAUAUCUUUGCUGAGGUCACAUAAUGCAAAGGUUUUGUUGACCUUGUACGCUGGAAAUAUUUCUGUGCAUGGGUUGUGUUAAACUUUAGUUAUUCUUUAUUCAUCUAGGUAUCAGAUGUAGUUCUUCUAUUCCCAGUUCCAGACCUUCUGCCAAAGAUGAAGAGAAUACAAGAGAAAAUGAGAUUGUUGCCCCUGACUUUGUUAACCGCAAUCCACGUAACUUGGAACAGUUAUCUCUAGCACGGAAAGAGCGAGGCUGGAAAACCACAUGGCCAAAACAAGAGUAUUGGAAUAGGUAGGUUAUAAAAAUGUAAAGCACAGAAGAAUUCUACAAACAUCUGAAGAAUAUUUUGCUAAGAGACAAUAUUUUUUUGUUCAAAGCUUUUCUUUUGUCUCCUGAUAACGUUUCUUCUAAUCUGCAGAGAGCAACUGUGUUAUCGUGUUUUCAGGCUCAUGCUCAAUGUUCUGAAUCUCAGCCCUCUUCACAGUCAUCUCUGUGAGCAGAGGAUCUAAGCCUUGUAUGCUUUGUUGCAGUGUUUGAGUUUUGAUUUGAGACUUGGAGAGAGGAAGAGGUGGUAUUGUGUUGAAAUUGGCAGGGAGGAGUUCCAGGUAUAAAGCAUAAGGCUCUCCACUAUAAAUAGAAUUCUUGGGAAACUUGUCAUAGAUACUAUAUCAGAAUAUUUGUUGAAGUAAAAUAAUGAAAUGCUGUUUUUUGCAAUUCAGGUUACGACUUGAGCGAACACAGCAUCAUGUGGAGGCCUAUGUUGUGCACUGCAGUGGUCGCAUUGUGGUCUCUGCCUCCACUAGAGAGUGGGCCAUAAAGAAGCACCUUUAUAGUACUUCAGAUGUCACAGCCUGUGAGAAUGUGGGGCGUGUGCUAGCACAACGCUGUCUUGAAGCAGGAAUCAAUUUUGUGGACAUUAGAGCUACAACUCCAUGGGAAAGAAGUGGUGAGGCGGUAAGUAGAUUACUUUGGAGUUUUCGGCUUCUGUUAACCUAGAAACUCCUCUUACGUUUUAAGCUCUUAUAACAGCCUUGUUCACUGAGCAAUUAAUUUCUAACAAUGGAGUGCUAAGCGGUUCAACUGAUGACAAGCAAUCUCCCUUGGGGUACUGUUUCACAAUGUGAAACAUGUCUGUAUAGUGCUGCUAAAUGUCACUAGCACUAAAAUGAGAAAUUAGCAUUAUUCAUGAGAGAAGGGAAAGAUCUCUUGAAGGAUUGGGACAAUCAAUGGGAAGGAAGAAUGUGUGCCAGAAAGAUCUUAAUUUCACAUAUAAGCUAAUAGGGUCUGAACUGGGGGUGGUUGACAAUGAAGCAGAUCUUGGCGUCAUAGGCGAUAGCUCAAUGAAAAUGUCAACUCGGUAUGUGGCAGAUGUGAAAAAGGCAUGAAAAUUUCGUGCCAGGGAUCCUUAGGAAAGAAAACAAAACAGCAAAGUCGUAAUUCUGUUCUUCAAAUCUGUGGUGCAACGGCAGUUACAAUACUGUGUAAAGUUCUUGUUGCGCCACCUCAAAAAGGAUAUAAUAGAGCUGCCAAACGAUAGGAAAAGGACAGCUCCCCUAUGAUGAAAGGUUACAGCUUUGUGGGGAUAUUGUGCGGAGGGGGGAGGUUAAAGAAAAGUAAGUGGAUACAUGAUUAUGCAUGGGGUGGAGAAAGCAGUUAGAGAGGGUCUUUUCCAUCUCUCAUUGUAUUAGAACCUGGGGCUAUCCAAUAAAUGUUGGAAGAUUCAGGACAGUGAAGAGGAAGUACUUCACACAGUGAAUACUGAACCUAUUGCAUUUGCCACCACAGGAUGUAGUAAUAGCCACUGGCUUGGGUGGCUUUCAGAGCAGAAUGGGGAAGUCAUGCUUUCAACAGGUAUUAGCCAUGAUACCCUCAGAGGCAUCUGGUUGGUCACUUUGAUAUAUCCAGUGGGAUCUAAGAAUUGCAACAUUCUGUACGUUGAAUAUAAUAACACAAAUUAUAUACUAAAGGUUGUGAUUUAAUUGUUUUCUCUUUUUUUAAAAAAAGGUCCAGAGAUUCCAAAAUGCUAUGGCAGAGGGCGGUGUUAUACUGAAAGAACUGCAAAGAAUUUAUGAAUAA